AUGUUUGCAACCAUUAGAAGAUUCCAAGCUACCCCAGGCUACACACAACUCUUACAAACGCUUAAGGUUGACUUGAAGCAAGCGAUGAUUGCCAAAAAUGGUCCGGAAAAGAACACCAUCAAGGCGAUCAUGGCCACUAUCAAAAACAGAGAAAUUGAUGGUGCUAAACAGACUGAAACUUCGUUGAAGAGAACGUUGGGAAAGAUGAUCAAACAAAGAAAGGAUUCCGAGACUUUGUACCGCAACCAAGACAGGGACGACUUGGCUGAUGUCGAACAGAAGGAGACGGUGUUUAUUCAAAAGUACUUGGAUACUGUUGAGGCAUCUGAAAACAAGUAG